GAGGCAAGAACAUUUCGCGCCGACUGCGGCAUGCGGAGGGUCAAACACUUGGGACCUCUGCUUCCCAACACCUUCGCCUCCACUCCAUUUGUGUCGGAUCUAAAACCUCGCAAGCCAAGGUACACGACGAGCGACCAUGUCCUCCUCCUUCGACUCCAUCACGGCCGUCGUAGGAGAUGACGACGAGCUACCGCCAGCCCCGUUCGACACUGCCGUCGACGGGACCGCAGCGGAGUACGGCGGCGAGCAGCAGGGCUUCGGCAUGCGCCGCGGUCACCGUUUUGCCGCGUCCUACUCGUCCUUCGGCACCGCCGUCUCGGAGGACGAUCUGGGCGGCGCCGGCGGAGAAGGCGGCGGUGGGUACGGAGGCUUCGGCAUCCCGCCGUACUCCAACGGCGGCCCCGCGUACGGGUACGCCGACAACGACGCGAACGGCGUGGAGCAUGUCAUGGGCGCCCAGGACGUGAUGGAUGGCGCGGCGCACGCGGCAGGGGACAUCAGCGGUGGCCGACUCGAUGAGGACCUGUUCAGUGGUGCGGCCGACGACGACGACGGGGCCGUCCUGCCGCCGCCGGAGGCCAUGCGGGAGGAGGGCAUUCUCCGCCGAGAGUGGCGCCGCCAGAAUGCACUGAUGCUGGAGGAGAAGGAACGGAAGGAGAGGGAGCGUCGCAACGAGAUUAUCGCAGAAGCGGAGGAGUUCAAGAGGUCCUUCCUUGACAAGCGCAGGCUCAACUGCGAGACGAACCGAACGCAGAACAGAGACAGGGAGAAGCUGUCCCUGGCGAACCAAGAGAGGUUCCACAAGGAGGCAGACCAGCAGUACUACUGGAAGGCGAUCGCGGAGCUGGUGCCGCGCGAGAUCCCGGGGCUGGAGAAGAGGGGCAAGAGGAAGGAGCAGGAGCGAAAGCCGGGCAUCGUGGUGGUGCAGGGUCCCAAGCCCGGCAAGGCCACCGACCUCUCCCGCAUGCGCCAGGUGCUCCUGAAACUCAAGGACAAACCACCAUCGCACAUGGUGCCGCCUCCACCGCAGGCCAAGGAGGAGAAGGAGAAGGAUGGAGAUAAGGACGCCAAGAAAGAUGGCAACAAGCAGGAAGAAAAGAAGGAUGGUAAGCAGCAGGCAGCUGGACCGGCCGAGAAGAAGACUGAUGGCCCUGAGAUGGCCAGUGCUGCUGGAUCUCCGCCGUAGCCAACUGAAAGGCCGGUAGCAAAGGCACCAGAGCAUUAGAGCAAGCGGUGAAGUGAUUGCCAUGUGCCCAUGAUGAUAAUGCUAUCUAGUCGCUUCUAGUAAUAAGAACAUCGGGAAAUAAUGUCCUUGAGCUGUGGUUCAAGGAAAACUACGCUGGAUAAAUUAAGGCAUGUUUGGUUCGUUACCUCAAUUGCCACAUUUUGCCUAACUUUUUUGCCUAAAAUUAGUUAUUCAAUUCGAACGACUAACCUUAGGCAAAUUGUGGCACAUUUAGCCACAAACCAAACAUGCCUUUAAUCUGUCUGGAGUUUGAGCGCAGUUUUGGUGGCAGGGGUAGCUAUCUGCCUAUCUCUAUGUUUGGUAUUUAAAGGUUAGAGGCUGAUGCUGCUUAGAUUCAGAUAAUACUAGUGAUAAUAUACUUUUGCUCACUGGACCAC